AUGACGCCAGACGGCCGCAGGGGGCGGUAGACGCAGUUGCAGUCAGUGAACAGCGCUGCGCUGUUAGCGUUAGCGGUCGCACUCACAGAGAGAAUUAGGAAACGGGGGCCGCACAAUUAACUAUAGUACAAACAAGGGGAGGCGACGAGCGAGGAAAACAAAGCGCUUCUUGUUCCAAGGAGCCCCGGACUUGCCUCCUGCUGUCCUGACAAAUCGGGGGAAACGAGUGAGAACGCCGUUUACAAGGUGGACAGUCCGCUGUCUUGUUGCUCGUGGUAACUCUCCACCAUGCCUUUCCCCUUUGGCAAGUCCCACAAGUCACCGGCGGACAUCAUCAAGAGCCUUAAGGACCACAUGGUGGUGCUCGAGAAGCCCGACAUCUCUGACAAAAAGGCGGAGAAGAUCACAGAGGAGGUGUCAAAGAGUCUGGUGGCCAUGAAGGAGAUCCUAUAUGGGACGAAUGAGAAAGAGCCCCAGACAGAAGCAGUGGCCCAGCUCGCCCAGGAGCUCUACAACAGUGGUUUACUCAGCACAUUGAUAGCAGACCUGCGGCUCAUCGACUUUGAGAGUAAGAAAGAUGUGGCUCAGAUCUUCAACAACAUCCUGAGGCGUCAGAUUGGCACUCGCACGCCGACGGUCGAGUAUCUCUGCACCCAGCAGAAUAUCCUGUUUAUGUUGCUUAAAGGGUACGAGUCUCCAGAGAUUGCCCUAAACUGCGGUAUCAUGUUGAGGGAGUGCAUCAGACAUGAACCGCUGGCUAAAAUCACACUGGGGUCAGAGCAGUUCUACGACUUCUUCAUAUACGUGGAAAUGUCCACGUUCGACAUCGCCUCAGACGCAUUUGCCACUUUUAAAGACCUCCUCACAAGACACAAGCUACUGAGUGCAGAGUUUCUGGAGAAACAUUAUGACAGAUUCUUUAGUGAAUAUGAGAAGUUACUCCACUCAGAAAACUACGUGACUAAAAGGCAGUCCCUCAAGUUACUCGGGGAGCUGCUUCUCGACCGGCACAAUUUCACCAUAAUGACGAAAUACAUCAGCAAGCCAGAGAAUCUCAAACUAAUGAUGAAUCUGCUACGGUACAAAAGCCGCAACAUCCAGUUUGAGGCGUUUCAUGUUUUUAAGGUGUUUGUGGCCAACCCCAACAAGACGCAGCCCAUCCUGGACAUCCUGCUGAAGAACCAGACCAAACUCAUCGAGUUUCUCAGCAAGUUCCAGAACGACAGAACAGAGGACGAACAGUUCAAUGAUGAAAAGACUUACUUGGUCAAACAGAUCAGGGACCUCAAGAGGCCUGCUCCCCAGGAGGCCUGAGGAGAGCGCAGAGGUGGCUGGGGGAGGAGCCACCUGGACUACGUCUGGAAAAACACCCAGACAACGUCUGCUUAACGGAACCUUCAGCAGCUGCUCAACUGGUUUCUGAACAAAAACUGAGGAAACAAGUGAAAACCCAACAAAAUGCAAACGUAUCCAUAUCAACUCAUCAGCUCCUCUGCUCGUCAGAGAACAUUUGUGUAUUUUUUUCAGUCUUUUUCCUUCAAAAGAGUUUAGAGAAAAUAAUAGAUGCUGCUGCUUUCUUGCACAUUGAGACAUAUAAAGUAUAUUAAAACAGUCCAUCAAACAUAGUGAGAGAAAAUGUCCGUGCAUUUAAAUUAAAACAGACUUCCUGGUAGACACACACAUAGUUUACACGCACAUAUAUGCAUCAAAUGCAUAUACUGCAAGAAUAUCGGCUGAAACCUUGAGAUGGAAAUGGUACGAGCAAGUUGAACACUGGUGUGUUUUGUUGCAUGCCUUGAAAUGUGACAGAUCCCUGGCUGUACCCGGCGUCUGCUCUGUGACGGCCUGCCCAGUUUGACUCCCAUGUUCAGUGCCACAGACUCGGAAAUGCACACGCAUCACAGCAACCGCCACAGUUUGCAUCUAUGCCUUCAUCCAAUAAAGCGACAGUGGUUAAUUUUACCGUAUUUUUGUGGGGACAAGCUCUCAGAUGCCAUCACCCAGAACCAUUCUCCUCCUGUGUGCUUUGUCCCGACACAGCACUUGAAGCACAUGAGGAAAGGAGGGAGGGAUGAAAGGUUUGGCAAAGCCCGAGAGUUGGGUCUCUUUAACGUUUUGUGGGACAGGGUGAACAUGUACAUAUGCCUUUUUUUUUUUUGCUUUGUAGAUUUUGUUUAACCUUGACAUAUGAAUAUAUAUUAUAUAUAUAUAUAUAUAUAUAUUACCUUAAACAUCACGUUUUUGGUUAAUUGUAAUCAAAUUACUUUCUAAACCAUAAUAGAAACAAACAAGUGACAUUGUUUUUGCAUUUCAUCUUACUGCUGAAAUGGUUGCUGGUGGGUUUCUUUGUACAUAACAUUUAGCUAACCUAUAGGAUAUUAACAAUUUGUACAGCAGAGGAAUGUCAUGGUAUUAGCUCUGGAUCUGUUAAUCCUCGUUUUAUCUUACACUUUUGAGUGUGUCUCCGACUGCUGCAGAGGAGAGUGAGCAGUGCAGCGGGGGAGGGAGGGGAAGUAUUAACUGAAAAAUAAAAGCCUGUGUGUUUGUGCACUUUGUGAGGAGCUGAGCGAUCAACAUCAUCUAACUGGAAUCGAGGACUGGGUACCCCCUGCUUCCCCUCCUCAAUUUCAUUAACUUUUUUUCCUCCCCUUCUCUUUCUCACCACUCGGCUGGUGGCCUGGGAGCAUCGUGUGGCCCCACAGCGAGUGCGCUUCAAGGGUGAGAUCAUCUGGAAAUUAACAACUUGGCACAUUAUUCUUUGUUUCCCUUUCUCCUAAUGUUUGAGCCGUUUCUCUUCACAGGGUUUAUAAUUCCAGUACAAUAAUGAAUGUAAAGCAUUGUGGGUAGCAGAGUCCUUUGGGCAUGUUGGAUUGUCCUCAUGGUGCUGAGCAAAACUGAUGAAACCAUAGAUUUGUUCAUUUGCAGUGAACAACAUGGUCAAUGUAACGUUUCAUAUUUAUACAUUCAAUUAAGAGAAUACAAACCAUCUGUGUGCAGACAACAGCUCGACCCAGAUAGACCCCAGAUGCACAUUGAACAUGCAUGUUCCUCCACUGGCUGUGCAUGAUGCUGUACUAAAGACGUUGUACUGGAAUUGUUUUUUUCCCCAAAUAUUUAGCAACAUUGAAAUGUCAAAUUGAACUCUCGGCUACAUGGCUGUAUGCUGACUUUGACUGGAGUUUCAGCAUAGAGUGUUUGGGUGUCAAAGGCCUGGGCCCUACAAUCAAAAUAAAGAAAAAAAACAUUUGGAAUAAAAAUA